AUGUCUUCCUCACUGCGCUCAUCGACGUUGCGGAGCUGUCUGCGACGGUCACCCGCUUUCGCCUCUCAAAAGACUGGCACUCGUACUUUGACUACGUCUCGUGUGCUCAGAGAAGAGGCCGCCCCGAAUGUCGGUGCGCCAAUUCGUCAGAAGAAGCCCAUCGGCGCCGUCCGGGGCAGCAUCGUCGGGUUCUUGGCCGGGUUCUCUCUAGCGGCAUCUCUUGCAGCAUAUAACCUGCUGGACGAGUAUAACAUGGCCUCUGCGGCUCUCCAGGCGAGCGUCGAUGAGCUCAAGCUGAGCACGGAGAAGGUCUCGCCUUCUGCUGUCGUAGAAAAGGAUCUCAAGGCGCUUGCCGAUACCACGGCGUCCAAAGAAAACCUGUCGAGUCUGCGAGGAGAGAUGAAGAAACUUUACGACGGACUGAACGUUGAGUAUCUGGGUCUGCGCGCGAAUGUUUGGGGGAUUCAACAAGAUGUGCACGCCUUGUCUAAAAAAGAUACCACUUCUGUCCGGAUAUGAUCUGUUUGGACUGUGUGCAAUUCAUAGAUUGUCUUCUUGCGUGCGAUCUGUCGUUCAGCAUUGCACGGCUGCUGCCAUCAACUCUGGCGUCUGAUCUAAAUGCUCCCAGACGGAUUCUCAAGGUCUUUGUUGGUCUAAUAACAGGUAACGGCAGUUCCCUAGUCCGGGCCCAAUGGACUGUUCUCUACUCUCUAGCGCGUUCAUCAGAGGACUAGUGAUCGUGUGUACGAGAUGUCUUCGUGUAUG